CCGUGCACUGCGGUACCCUGUUUGUUCUUGUGUCCCAUCGGCACUGAUCAGUUCAUCAUCAUUCUACUUUUCCGUUAAUUGUAACGCACGCGGUGAACUGGUAAAGACUGCGACAGCUUAACGGUGCUUGCAGCCCAUACAAGGAAUUGAAGUAUGUAUUCGUUUGGUGGGGUGUCGUCGCGAAUCCAGAAGGAGCGUCUGCAGGCAGAAGGGAUGGGAACCAAUGAGAAUGCGGUAAAGUUCCUGAACCAGGACUACGAGGAGCUGAAGAGAGAGUGUGUGGAGAGCGGGAGGCUGUUUGAGGACCCCUGCUUUCCUGCCGUGCCAGAAUCACUGGGAUUCAAGGAACUCGCGCCGCACUCCGCCAAAACACGCGGUGUGCAGUGGAUAAGACCAACAGACCUGUCAAACAACCCUCAGUUCAUAGUGGGUGGAGCCACACGGACAGAUAUUUGCCAGGGGGCUCUUGGUGACUGCUGGCUGUUGGCUGCCAUAGCAUCCCUGACUUUAAACGACAAGCUUCUUCACAGAGUUGUGCCUCAUGGACAAAGUUUUACUGACGAGUAUGCGGGUAUCUUCCACUUUCAGUUCUGGCAGUUUGGUGAGUGGGUGGAUGUUGUGAUUGACGACCGGUUGCCUGUGAAGGAUGGAGAGCUGAUGUUUGUUCACUCAGCAGAGGGAAAUGAAUUCUGGAGCGCCCUGCUGGAGAAGGCCUAUGCCAAGCUGAAUGGCUCAUAUGAAGCUCUGUCUGGUGGUUCCACCACUGAAGGUUUUGAGGAUUUCACAGGUGGGGUGGCUGAGAUGUACGAGCUGUGUAAAGCUCCAAAAGACCUGCACCGCAUCAUUGCCAAAGCCUUGGAGAGAGGCUCACUGUUGGGUUGCUCUAUUGAUAUCACCAGUGCCUUCGACAUGGAGGCUGUAACAUUUAAGAAGCUGGUGAAGGGACAUGCAUACUCCGUCACAGGUCUCAGAGAGGUAAAUUUCCGUGGCCGCAGAGAGAGGCUCAUCCGCAUCCGUAACCCUUGGGGGCAAGUUGAAUGGACUGGAGCCUGGAGUGACAAUUCUUCUGAGUGGAAUGGAAUUGACCCUGCAGAGAGAGAGGAAAUGAACAACCACAUGGAGGAUGGCGAGUUCUGGAUGCCAUUUGAGGAGUUCAAACGUCAGUUUUCUCGGCUGGAGAUCUGUAAUCUAUCCCCAGAUGCUCUGAGUGAAGAUACUCUAAAUUUCUGGAACACCAUUAAGUUUAAUGGCACCUGGAGGAAAGGAAGUACAGCAGGGGGCUGCAGGAACCACCCCAACACAUUCUGGAUAAACCCGCAGUAUAAGAUCACCCUCUUGGAGGAAGAUGACGAUCCUGAGGAUGACGAGGUGGCCUGCAGCUUCCUGGUGGCUCUGAUGCAGAAGGGCAGGCGACGAUACCGCAAGCAGGGACAGGACAUGCACACCAUUGGCUUUGCCUUAUAUGAGGUGCCAGAAGAGUUUCGUGGUUCCCAAAGCGUUCACCUCAAGAAGGACUUCUUCUUGCAUAAAUCGUCUUGUGCGCGCUCAGAUACGUUCAUUAACUUGCGUGAGGUGAGUGCGCGGCUCAAGCUGCCUCCGGGCGAGUACCUCAUCGUCCCCUCCACAUUUGAGCCUGGAAAAGAGGCCGACUUCGUCCUGAGAGUCUUCACAGAGAAACAGUCAGAAACACAAGAGAUGGAUGAUGAGAUUUCAUUUAACCUGGAUGAAGAAGAGGAGAUUUCAGAAGCGGACAUUGAUGAUUCUUUUAAAGCAAUGUUUGCUCAGCUGUCAGGCGAGGACAUGGAGAUUUCAGUUCAUGAGCUCAGGACUAUUCUGAACAGAGUGGUGUGCAAACACAAGGAUCUUAAGACAGAUGGGUUCAGUAUGGAGUCGUGUAGGUGUAUGGUCAGCCUGAUGGAUAAAGAUGGUAGUGCACGACUGGGAUUUUUGGAGUUUCAGAUUCUGUGGAAUAAAAUCAGAAAGUGGCUGGGCAUUUUCAGACAAUUUGAUCUGGAUAGAUCUGGCACCAUGAGCUCUUACGAGAUGCGUCUGGCUGUGGAGUCAGCAGGCUUCAAGCUCAAUAACAAGUUGCAUCAGAUACUGGUGGCUCGAUAUUCCAAUGGAGAAACGAUUGACUUUGACAACUUUGUCUGUUGCCUGGUCAAACUGGAGGCUAUGUUCAAGGCUUUUACAGAGCUGGACAGGGAAGGAAAAGGGGUUGCAGAGCUGAAUAUCAAUGAGUGGCUGUACAUGAGCAUGUGUGGUUGAUGUUUGGUGAAAUUCAUAUUAUGCUCUACUGGAAAGGAAAGACACAUCAACACUCAAAAACUACAGCUUUACAGCCAUUAUACACUUAUGCUUUUGCCUAAAAAAGAAGGGACAUCCUCAUUAUGCAAGAUGUAUUCUACACCACUAAACUGACCAUGAUGAUAUCAUUUCAUAGAUGUAAUUGCAGUUAUGGAAAUAUUUAUUGCAUCAUUUCAGAGAGCAAAUUAAAACUGCAUUAAUUUGUAAUGAACUGCAUGACACUAACUCUGUGUUAUUGUACCUAGAAUACUAUAUAUAAUGCAGUGUAUUUGAUGAGGGUAGUUUAACUUUGCCUUUAUGCACCACUUAUGCCUUUGUGUCUAAACAUUCCAAUAACAAUUUUAUUUAUAGAGGUUUAGUCAAUGGUAUGAUUUAGCUUUUAUCACUGUGAUUUAAUGUUCAAUUAUUAAUCAAAUAUAUUAAAAGUAAAUCGAACAUUCAAGCUUGAACAUUUAGAGAAUUUUUCUCCACUAGAUUCUUUUAUUAUGCUGUGCAUCUUAAUAUAAAAUUAAAAUAAAGGACAAAUUUGA